GCAAUCAUGAAUCCAUUAUGUUUGGACGAUGUUCCAUCAGACGAUGAGUGGAUAACAGAGAGAGAGAAGCCGACUCUUCCAAGAGAAGGAAAUUGGUUGAGUGUGCUUGAUAGGAAUGCUCGACAUGGAUGUCAUUCAGAAGAUGAGGAGGUAGAUGCUCUUGCAAGGGAUUUGGAACAAGCAUUCCGUGACCAUAUUGGAGAAAAUGUCGAUGAAAUUCAUGAAGUAAGUGAUGAUGAUGACAUGGAUGACAACAUGAAUGCUCCAAAGGAUUUUGAUUAUGACUUUGUUGAUGCUACUAUUGGUGAUGAUGACAUUGAGGAGUUGGGUGACACUGUGGGUGAUGAUGAAGAUAAGGGAGACAAUGAGAUCAACAAUGUUGUUGAUUGUGGCAAUGAUGAUUUCGGCGAUGAAGAUGAAGACUUAUUUUAGUCUCUUGUUUAUUUAUUCUUCUCUUAUUUUAGUUUGUUUUGUUAAGGAUAUCAAUGUUGUGCAAGUGUUAACUUGAAGACUUGAAGUUGAAUUGCUAUUUCUUUUAGUAUGUUC